CCCUCGGAUAAGUUGCGAGCAUUAAAAUAUAUAUCUAAAGACUCGGUUACACGAAUCGGAAGCUCUUCAUACGGAAUGUUCUUCGAGGAGUUUCAGAUCCACCAUAAUUGGAUGUCGGACACUUGUUUACACAAGGUGCAUUCGAUGCCAGACUACAUCAUCAAGAUACGUCUGCCCGACAUUAACAUUCCAUCUCUACCUCAUUCGUUUCCGCGGUAUUGGAGGCACGUAGACGUAAUGGGUACGCCCGGCUGGAGAAAAGGGAGGGAUGGGAAAUUGAAACCGCUAAAUGGGAUUGUUAGUGAAAGUCAGGAAUAAAUAACAGCUCCAGCUGGCGCAGAGGCGUUCGGGAUGUUCAGAAAGGGUCGUUUAACCUGCUGAAAUACUCCCUUUUACGUCGACAACCUUCAUCAGAGUAUUUAGUCGCUUUUACUCCAUAUACAAUUUCUCUGCAGUUACUCUUAUCAACGCGUGCAGAUCAUAUAUGUUACGGCUAACCGAAACGCAGUAUAUAAAUACGGCAGUUUCUCGUCUCCCUGGCUUUGUUAAACUUAAGCCGCGCCGAUAUUAUAAUGCAUGCUCUCCUGUACAUAUUACCUUUAUACGUCGCUUAUUGCUCGGAGCUAGAUUUUGUAAUAAUGAGACUUACGAGACAACGCCUGUGUUACUUACGAGAAUAUAAUGCUGAAUACCAAAACUUUCGAAAAAGUGAGUUUAUAAAAAUUUGUUAGAAAUCGAUUGAUUUUUGUUUCCUCUACAUUAAAGCGAUUUAUAUUCCACAAUUUAUAUGUGCUUCUUGUAUAUUGUAUAAUAUAAUUAACAGGAUUUUUCAAUUCCUUUUCCAAUUUUCGGUCUAAACUUCAUUAUUUAUGUGAGUUUAAAUGUCUCUAUGCAUAUCCCUCUGUUUUCUUUUUGUUAUAUUUCUAUGCAAUGACCACAAUCACGCGUUCUACGCAAUAAAAAACGGUAAUCAGUAUUUUCUAUAUAUUUACAUUCCAAUUUUUAGAAAAACAUUUUAGCAGAUAAAACGCUUACAGAUUGGUAACUAUUUUAAAUUUUAGUUGUUCAAAAAUGUUUUUGGUUUAAUAUAAAUCCUGAUAUUGCUGAUAUUAUCAACAAUGAGAUAACACUGAUGGUCAAGUAGUAGAUUGCUUUUUGAGAUAAAUGUUUCUGUCCUUUUCUCUCGAUUGCUGUAAUUUAAAUAUCUCAAGAAACCAGAUGUAAAAAAACAAGAAGACUGCACGAUGCGCGCAUUACCUGAAUACAUAAAUAAAUACUUCUUAAAUAAACACAGAUUUCUCGAUUUUUCCGUGCGCAGCUGACCCGAAAAGUUACGGGUCAGACUUAUCUGGCGUCCAUAUCUCAGGUAAUGUCUUCGUCAAACUGAAGGCAAACAUAAUUUAUAAGCGACGUUAUCUUACGAGCUACCGAUUGUCAAAUCAACAUCUUCGGAGAGAUUAUCUCUCUCGUGAGUGUAUAUCACGGGAAUUCACCGUUAAUCAACGAGUAUAAAAUAAACGAAAGAAAAGCGAGCGCGCUGUUGUUGACCGCGCGCAACCAUUCAAGCUUAAUCAUGUUGGUGAUUAUUCCGCUUCUUGCGUGUUACAUCACUUGGACAAUCGCAAAUCCGAUUAACCCGGUAUCCGGUGCCGUCUGCACGAUCUCCACGCAGUACAAAAUCGGCGACCUUAAGGAGCCUCAGCCGUUGCUCCUGAAACGGGAUGGCAAGCGUGCGACCAUCUGGUAUCCGGAUAACGAUAAUGGACUAUUGAGGAUAUUCGCGGGCGACUCCAUUUAUCUGGCAUGCCCGGGCAAAGAUAAUCACCUCAAAAACAGAAGUUGGGGCAACGAGGUCAAAGCAGUUUGCAUAGGAGGUAAGGUGUUUGACGUGAAUGGCGUUCGUGAGAAUUUCUCGUCCCUAGUUUGCAAAUCUCACACCGAGCACCAUGCUAAGUACACGGGCUCGCCACCUUGCCUCGACAGACACAGCCCAAUCGAGAUUGGUUUCAACGUGAGCGGCACCUUCAUUCGCACUAUUGAAUUAUGCCGCGACGAGAAGACAUAUAGGACGUACUACACCAAGUUCAAGAUGACGAAAAUGAUCGGAAGUUAUCAGAGGAGCUAUCCCAGACCACUCAGGUUCCUAGCAGGAAGGUUUUAUCCCGGGAUAGAUAUAGACCAUCUGUACAGAUUCGAGACCCAGCUAGAUACGCUCGCCGUAAUCCUGAAUUCGACCAAGUUGGCUGGAGAACGCUUGAAGAAGUCGUCGCAGUUUCUCUCCCGCGGACAUAUGGCGGCAAAAGCGGACUUCGUCUACGGCGCCCAGCAAAGGUCAACCUUUUGGUACUUGAAUACCGCGCCUCAGUGGCAGACCUUUAACGCUGGUAAUUGGAAUUCCCUGGAGGCCAGCGUCAGACGUUUUGCCGCCAACCGUCGUUUGGACCUCGACGUUUACACGGGGGUGCACGGUCAGAUGACCAUGGCGGACAUUCAUGGCAAGCAGCAACCCGUACAUCUGCACGCCGAGAGCGCAGUCAUGUCCGUGCCCAGGUUCUAUUGGAAAGUCAUCUACGAUCCGUUGAGCAAGCGGGGUACAGCGUUCGUUGGUCUCAAUGAUCCGUUCAUCAGAUUGGUCACAGACGACGUAUAUCUCUGCGCCGAUAUCAGCGAGAGGAUCAAGUGGCUAGAGUGGAGGCCGCGCAAUAUCAUAUCCGGCAUCUCUUACGCCUGCAGCGUCGCUGAUCUGCGAAAGGCGGUGCCCGCUGUGCCGCAAAUCGAAGUGAUUGGUAUUCUAGUGUGACGCGAGCGAAUCACUUUGGUCUCGUCGUCGUACGUAAUGCGCGUUGCAAGAAACUACCGAUAACCGCUGAUUUAUAUCAGCUCUCAUAAUUCUAUUUUAUAUAUUUAUACUUCGAAUCACCUAAUUACGUAUGAACCCGAUAAAAAAUAAUAUAAAGGAAGAAAAGAAGUAAGAAGCUGCUAAUAAAAAUAGUCAGAUCGCGAUAUUAUAUCAUGCACAGUGUAGAAUGAUAUCUAGUGCAAGUCUAACCGGCACAUCUCUAUAAGUCAAAGUGUAACGAUACUUCACUGAACAUACUAAGCAGAUACUUUAUCUUCGAUACCCGAGCGAGGUGUCGAUAACAGGAAGGCAACAUCUAUGCGUUCGUAACGGUGAAUAUAGACGUUAGCAACUUAUUGAAUAAUAUACUUUCGAAAAUGCACCAACAUUCGUAUAAUGUACAUUAAUCAUGUAUCUACCAAAUUUAUUUGUCAUUGCAACAAUAUUUUUCAUUCAUCGCAAAAUGGACAUAUCAAAAAGUACUAAGCAAUAUUGAUAUCUACGUAAUUUGGUACGAUUGAAGAGCUGCAUUAAUAUCCAAUAUUAAUUUAGUUUAAUAGAAAAUUAGGCAGAGAGAGAGAGAGAGAGAGAGAGAGAGAAUUUGCACAAAAUAAACCAUACUGGAGCGCGGUGACCUAUAUAUUAGUUGGCCAAAUGUCAAAAUACACCAGUGUAAUAGUUUGAAAACAAAUGAAUUAUUACGAUGUCAUGCAGAUAAAAAGCAACGCGAGAAUAACUUUUUACAUCGAGAUAAAUUAUUCUAGAAAACUAUUAUCAGACUUUAAGCCAAGAAUUAGUCAUGUGUGUCGACAUGUCACACAGUAUCGGGUAUUGAGAAAUUAUGUGUAAAUUCCGGACAAGCUGGCUUUAUCUUCGGGACAUAAAAUAAAAUUUAUUUCGAAAAGAUAAAAAUUUAAAGCGAUUAUCUACGACUUUGCACCGAGACUUGUCCCUCGCAGAAAAAAUAUUGCGUGCUUUUGCAGAUAAAGCAACAUGAACAGUGUGCAUGGUUGAAUAAGGGGAACAGCUUUUUCCUCGGUUUUUUUCUCCAAAUAUCAGAAUUUUAUUGAAAUAUUAUGUUAUUGCAGAAAAUAUGUGUGGAAUUUACUGCAUACCAUCGAAAAUAUUUGUAGAUUGUCUCAUAUUUUAUAUAUUUAUUUAUAUU